GCCUGACUGAAUUUUUAGAGCAUGCCGAAAAAGAAGACAGGACAACGAAAAAAAGCUGAAAAGCAGCGUGAACUCCAGAAGAAGAUUCGAAGUGGCGAAAGAGACUUAGCAGAGCAUCCAUGCAAUUUUCAAAUGCAAUGCGACCAAUGUCUUCGGGACCAGAAAUCACGAGCAUUUUGUUAUUUUUGCUCAGCUAUUAGUAAGCUACCUGUUUGUGCUCAAUGUGGGAAACAGAAAUGCAUGGCGAAAACUGGUGAUUGUGUCGUCAAACAUCCAGGGAAAUUCACUACUGGAAUGGGCAUGGUGGGAGCGAUCUGCGAUUUUUGUGAAGCUUUUGUAUGUCAUGGACGGAAAUGUUUGACGACUCAUGCUUGUUCGUGUCCUUUACGAAAUGCUGAAUGUAUAGAAUGCAAGCGCGGAGUCUGGGACCAUGGGGGUCGGAUAUUCAAUUGCAGUUUUUGCAUGGGUUUCCUAUGCGAAGAUGAUCAGUUUGAGCAUCAGGCCAGUUGUCAGCAUAUUUACAGUGAGAACUAUAAAUGCAUGUCCUGUAAUCGUCUCGGCAUCUAUACUUGUAUGAAAUGCAAGAUUUGCUUCUGUGAAGAGCAUGUUCGCCGAAAAGGAGUGGUGGUCUCAAAACUCAAAGAAUUACCGUGUCCGAAGUGUAACUGCCCCGUGAAAGAGACCAAAGACUACAGUGUCUCAGUAAGGCGACAUGAAUAUGGUCGGCAACAUCGUCCAGACCACGAAGAAGACGAAGAUAAUUACGAGGGAGGAGGGCAAUGGAGCGGUAAUUAUGGCGGUGGCGAGUAUGCUGAUGAUGAAGAAAGUGAGGAAGAUGAAGGAUCGGAUGAAUCUGACGGCGAUACAGAAGAAGAUUCUGAUCAUGAUGCAGAAGAGGAGCAUAAAGAGAAGAAAUAGGUUACCUGAGCUUUCAAAACUUUUCUUUACUCGAAAUUCUGUUUGUCACACGUUCUUGGGGCGGAAUGUUGUUGUUAUCUGAUGAUAGAUUCCAGA